ACACACACAUCCUGCAUGUGUGCACACACACGCACAUAUAUACUUGAACCAAAUAUAGACUGCUUUGUCCAUCCCUAGUACUUAAGCUUUUAGUCUUAUAGUUUAACUGAAAUGAACACUUUACCACUGAAAAGCAUGACAUUAUGGAAUCAACUUAAGUGGCCAAGAAUAAACUUAAGUGGCCAAAAACAUUUAUUUGGUGGUAUAAUAAUGAUUGAAACAGGGCCUUAAAUUGCUUGGCUUUUAUUGGCAAUGACACUGUAAAUCAUCUUGUCAUGUAUCAGCCUGCAGAACUAUUUGGUAAUAUUUAUGAUAUUAACAUUGUCUUUUAGGUAAAUCUAGAAAAAUGUUCAGGUUCUUUCCAGCUCUACUACUUGAAAGCCAGAUUUACUUGUUAGCGGCUUUAUUCACCGUGGAAGUUCUUCAGCCGCAUUACCGUGCAGAGUUUGGGAGUGAAGCGAUAAUGGGAUGUCGCUUUCCGGUAACUGAGCCCUUAAAUUUGACACGAUUAAGCAUCUUAUGGCAAACAAGAGAGUUGCCAGGAGAUCUAUCCCGAGAAGUUUACAGGUUCACCAAGGGUCAGGAAGACCUCACUCGACAACACAGUGAUUUUCGCAGGAGGGCGACAGUCAAGCAGAAGGAAUUAAGGAUAGGACGCUCCGUGCUACAUCUCAACAAUGUAAAGCUUACAGAUGCAGGAACCUACAUUUGUCUUGUUGAGUAUGAAGGAGCAGACUACAAAUUUGUUCUUCUGGAAGUUGAAGCACCCUACAAAAGAAUACAGUUUCAAGAAAGAAGAGAGGAAGGGGACGUGAUCUUGACUUGUCAGGCAGAAGGCUAUCCCCUGGCUGAAGUGUUUUGGUACAAUGAGGAUACUAAUUUCAGCACAUCUGCAAACACUACAUUUGCAAUGACAAAUGAUGGACUUUUCAGUGUAACCAGUUUCUUGAGAUUCAAAGGAAACAUUCAUGGGAAUUACAGCUGUGUAUUUUGGAACAAGAAACUGAAUGAAGAAACAUCAGUUUAUAAGAUUCUGCCAGGUACAUCCAUUACGAGGAGAAUACCUCCCAUCUCAUUUGUCCUACCAGUUUGUCUGCUGGCACUAACUCCUCUCAUAGCAUUCAUGUGGAAAGUUCUAAGAAGAAAACCAUUCACAAAUUGCACCCCAAGAGGCAAGAGAAGAAAAAGUCACCACUUAUCAAAGAGUAGGCAACUCAGAUCUUCAGAUGCAGUGACUGCUACAUAGCAAAGUGCUUGAACAGAGAUCCGAAACAGUUCAUUUGUGCUGCUUGCAGUUUUGCACUUCUUCCCUUUUUAGAAAAGCAUAGGGAAGUAACAACACUUCAGAGGUAAAUGAUGUGAAGCCUUCUGCUUUCUGGCAGUGCCACAACAUGUUGUUCAUGCAGUUCAGCACAGACUUCACAGAAAAAGUGUUGCUGCUCAGCAUUUUGAGGGGUUACUCAAGUUCAUUCCAUGUGUUCAGUGACUGUGUGUCAUUUCUAAGAAGUGCAUGUACAUACGUUUACAAGCACAACAAUGUAUGCAGUAAACAGCAGAUGUUAUAACAGUGAGGCGUGCUGGCUUGCUGCCUCACCUAGGGCCAGCCCUAACAUUAGCAGGGCAGCUGCUCCAGUCCGUGGAUGCUGUGAGGCCAGGAUGGGACGCACCUGGCAGAAAAGUGUCUGAGGCCGGCUCUGAUCGUGAGAAGAACGCCUGAAACUUGCUUCUGUUUUUACAAGCAGAUGUGGUCUCAUGUUGCAGCCACGACCUGCACAGCCAAAAUUUCCCAUUUCAAAUAUUGCUUGAACAAGUGGCUGGAGGCAAACCAGUAGCUGUCAGCUUCAGACGCACACACACCAUUCCACAAUAUGGGAUCAAUCCAUCAUAGCCAGCUGCUGAAAAGAAUGUGGACAAACAAAAAACUGAAUCCUAGAAACUGUAUGUACUGAAAGCUAUAUAAAGUGAAGCAUUAUUACUA